AUGGCAGAGACCACUGAGAUGGAAAUGGAAAUUCAGCCUGCAACUGAAGCCGUGCCAUUGCCGGCUAAGCCAAUCUUCAAGCCACUGAAGGCUCAUGAAAUGUCUGACGGGAAAGUUCAGUUCAGAAAAGUCUCCGUCCCACCAAACCGGUACUCACCUCUGAAGAAAGCUUGGUUAGACAUCUACACACCGGUCUACGACCAGAUGAAAAUCGACAUCCGCAUGAACCUCAAAUCCCGCAAAGUCGAACUCAAAACCCGAGCCGACACUCCCGACGUCAGCAACCUCCAGAAGUCUGCCGAUUUCGUACACGCUUUCAUGCUCGGUUUCGACAUCCCCGACGCUGUUUCGCUUCUGAGAAUGGACGAGCUCUACGUUGAAUCGUUUGAGAUCAAGGACGUCAAGACUCUUAAAGGAGAGCAUCUGUCCCGAGCUAUCGGGAGAUUGUCGGGGAAAGGAGGGAAGACCAAGUUUGCGAUCGAGAACUCCACGAAGACGAGGAUUGUGAUUGCGGACACGAGGAUCCAUAUCUUGGGAGCUUUCUCUAACAUUAAAGUCGCGAGGGACUCGCUGUGCAGUCUUAUCAUGGGAUCUCCAGCUGGUAAGGUUUACUCCAAGCUCCGAUCCGUCUCUGCCAGAUUAGCUGAACGGUUCUGA